AUGGAUAUUCUAAAGGUCCUUUCGCGCGGCCUCAAGCAGCCCAACAGCGGCAAGCAGGCCAAGGGCAAUACGAAUUUCCUUCCCACAGGCGCUGCGACGCUGCCGUCCGCCGGCUCCAGUAUCAACCCACAGCUGUACCACGACCGUGUGGCCGGCCUGAUUGCAGGCAGCAGCGGCAGCAAGAAGAGUCGGAAACGGAAGCGGAGUGGAGAUGCAGCGGGUAAUACUGGCGACGAAAGCGGCCGCGGAAGCGGAAGUGGCAGCGACAGCGACGAGAGUGAAGACAGCGAUGACCUGAACGAGCUCGACUUUUUCGGCCAACGUUCUGCGACCACGACCGACAAUGCCUCGUCCUCGGCCUCAAAAGCGGACGCUAACUCAAAGAAAGCAAAAAAGGCAGCCAAGAAACAAAAACGGGACCCGUCCGACGACCUGCUAGACGAAGACGAAUGUCGCCAGAUCCUGCGGUCGCACAGACUGAAGCUGACGCUGCUGACCGAUCGACGCGCCGCCGCCGAAGCAGCCGCCGAAGCAGCAGCCGCCGCCGUGGCCGAUAAACUGGAAAAGAAGAAAAAGAAAAAGAGCGAGAAAAAGGCCAAGCGGGCAGAAGAGGAGGCGGCCGCAGCCGCCAGCAAAGCCGCCAAGGACGAAGCCAAGAAGCAAUUCUUCUCGCAGCCCUUGACAGCAUUCACGCAGCUGCGGCAGACAUACAACCUGUCAGCACGCUUGGCCGACAACCUCGAGCGCCUGCUGUAUCGGAUCCCAACCGAGGUGCAGAUGGCGAGUCUUCCGCUGCUGCUGGACCCGGCGCUGGCACUCAGCAAGACGACGCUUCCCGGAGACGCCGCGGCAGGCGCCAUGUGCACAACAGCCGUUGAUUUUAUGGCGGUGGCACCGACAGGUAGCGGCAAGACGCUGAGUUUCUUGGUGCCAGCCAUCAACGGCAUUCUGAAGCGGCGGGCGGAGGACAAGGAAAAAGCCGGUGACGAUAGCACCAGCUACGAGACCAGCGGACGUCAGAAGCACAAUCACAUUCUCGACACAGUUGUUGUGGCGCCGACACGCGAGCUGGCGCACCAGAUUGCCAACGAGGGCAAGAAGCUGACUGUGGGCACGGGUGUGCGCGUUGUGGCCAUGAGCAAGGGCAUGCGCGUGCAGGCGGACGACAGCGACAAGGAAGCGGAAGACGACGCGAGCGACAGCGAGGAGGACAAGGACAACAACGAUGAGGAUGACGAAGGGGACGACGACAAGCCCAAGGCGUCCAAGGCGACGGUCACACGCGCCGACAUUCUCGUGACAACACCGCUCAUGUUGCUCAACUCACUAGCCCGCCGCGCUCUCCCAACGGUGCGCUCGCUCGUCCUCGACGAGGCCGACGUUCUGCUGGACCCGCUGUUCCGCGAGCAGACUCUGGGCAUCUGGGCCGCGUGCACACACCCCGACCUGCGCGCCACGUUCUGGUCCGCCACCAUGGCGUCCAACAUUGAGGCCCUGGUCGUCGAGCAGCUGGCGGCCCGCCGGUCUUCUCAUGAACAGGACGAGGGCCAGAAGCGCCUGCUGGUCCGCCUGGUCGUCGGCCUCAAAGACACGGCCGUGCCCAACGUCACGCACCGCCUCGUAUACACGGCCACCGAGCAGGGCAAGCUCCUGGCCAUGCGCCAGCUGCUGCACCCAUCCACGAGCACGUCCGUCACAGGCACAUCUGGGAGUGGUGGUGGCGGUGGGUCGGAAGCCCUGCGGCCGCCCUUUCUCGUUUUCACGCAGACUGCCGAGCGCGCCACAGCACUGCACGACGAGCUCAAGUACGACAUCCCGGCGGCCGCAGGCGGCGCCGACCGUCUGGGCGUGCUGCACGCCGCCCUCGCCGACAGCGCACGGUCGGCCGUUGUGCGCAAGUUCCGCGCCGGCCAGGUGUGGGUGCUCAUUACGACGGAUGUGCUGGCGCGCGGUAUCGACUUUGCGGGUGUCAACGGCGUCGUCAACUACGACGUUCCCGGCUCGGCUGCGGCAUACGUGCACCGUGCCGGCCGCACGGGUCGUGCAGGCCGUCAGGGGGGCCUGUCGGUGACGCUGUACACCAAGGAGGACAUUCCGUUUGUCAAGAGCGUGGCAAACGUGAUUGCCGCCAGCGAGAAGCAGGCCGCCAAGAACGGUGGCGCCGCCAACACAGAAAACAAGGGCAUCCAGCAGUGGCUGCUCGACGCGCUGCCCGAGGUGUCCAAGGCAGACAAGAAACGGCUCAAGACACGGGGUGUCGAGUCGCGGCGGAGCACGACUACGGCUGGCACCGCCGACAAGGCCAAGAACAACAAGGGCAAGCACACCAAGGGAAAGACCAGUGGCCGCGACAGCAGGGAGACCAUUCCCAAUGCAAAGGCGCGCAUCACGUCCAAGAGUGCCUGGGAGCGCCGCCGGGACAACAACCGCCGCGACGCCAUUGCGAGCAGCAAGCAGCGCAAGCAGCAGAGCCAAGUCGCAGGCGAUGGCGACGAGGGCGAGUGGGGAGGUCUUGAUUAG